CACCUGCAGCCGCAUGAGCGCAUCGCUGCUGUGCUUCCUCUCCUGCCUGCGCCGUGUGAACUCCUCCCUCACCCGCUCCACCUCCCGCCGCUCCUCCUCCGUCCCUGCCUCCGGGUCGAACUCCCAGGUCUGUAGGAAGAAGGAGGGGGAGGAGGAGAGAGGAGGAGGGGGAGGAGGAGGAGGAGGAGGAGGAGGAGGAGGAGGAGGAGGAGGAGGAGGAGGAGGAGGAGGAGGAGGAGGAGGAGGAGGAGGAGGAGGAGGAGGAGGAGGAGGAGGAGGAGGAGAAGGAGGAGGAGGAGGAGGAGGAGGAGGAGGAGGAAAAGUUGUCAGGAGGGCUAGCUCACCCCCCGCCUCUCCUCCUCUGUCCCUGCCUCCGGGUCGAACUCCCAGAAUACUCACGCUCUCAUGAUGAUCGCAUUCCCAUGUCGCAUCCC